AUGGCAGAACCCUCCGCCACAAAUCCCGAUUCUGAGCGACCUGAUACCCAGGAACGCGUUGUUACUCCUUCAACACCAGAGAAUGUAUCAGACAAAGAGAUCUCUGCCGAGAAGACACUUGCCAAACACCAGGAGGCAGAUGUUGACAAUGAUCCCGAGCCUCAACCACAUCUCCAUGCUCGGACCUUUCUGGCAGUCUUUGCCAUGUGUCUGAUUUACUUUGCCCAAGACUUCGCAUUAGUUGGAGCUGGUUCUCAAGGGCAGAUAAUCGCUGCUCCCUUCGCCGUUGGAUUGGUACUGGGUCUAGGGCUGAUCGUAUACGAGACCAAGUUCAAAUCGGAUGGGAUGUUCCAUCACGGACUCUUCACUGGGAACAGGAACUUCACAAUCACCUUAAUAUGUGUCUUUUGUGAAGGCAUCGCUUUCUUCGCCGCAAAUGUCUACUUCGCGUUCCAGGUCAGCGUCCUCUACGAAACAGAUUUCCUUAUCGUGGGUGUUAGAUUCAGCAUUUCGUUCAUUGCCACCAUCGCAGCAUCGCUUGUCACCGGAUUCUAUUGCGCGAUGACGAAGAAAGUGCGCUGGAUGACCUUUGCGGCAUUCGUCAUCUUCAUUGUGUUCUUUGCCUGCAUGGCUACCACGACGAGGAGCACCUCGGUGCCAGUUUGGGGGUACGCAGUGCUCAUGGGCUGGGCCCUAGGAAUGACAUUGAUCACACUGAUCACUGCUGCUCAGCUAUCUAUUCCAGCUGAGCUCAUUUCGAUUGCGAGUGGACUGAUUAUCAGUGUUCGCUCCCUUGGUGGCACGAUCGGCAUUGCAAUCUCGACUCGACAUAUGGCCGACAAUGUUGCAAAAGCUGUCGGCGCCGCUGGUCUUCCUUUAAGCUCCGUGCCGGAAUUCGUUGCGGAUUUACUUGGACAAAACACAACUGGCCUCGCAGAGGUGCCUGGCGUAACGCCCGAUAUCGUCAAUGCUGGUGUUGGAGCGCUUCUAGACACGUACACUAAAGGCUUUCGAAAUGUGUGGGCUUCAGCUGCCGCAUUUGUGACACUUGCGACCAUAGCGUCCAUCUUCCUUUUCGAUCCCAGCAAAGAAUUUACCAACCACAUCGAUGCCCCUGUCGAGAAGGAUGAGGAUAUGUAUUCGUCUUGA